ACUUCCUGAUACCGUUAGAGAUGCGCGUUGCAUUGUGGGGAUACAAAUACAACGCAGAAGGGACAGCGGGGAGCACAAAGGAAUGAAAACAGAACCUCAAAACUUUUAACUUCAGUUUGUUGUGAUGUGAAUUCAUGUGAACGUGAGAUUAAGUGAGGGUUUUGGCGGCUGGCAGGCUGACAACUGCCUGAGAAGCGCGGGGAAUGUGAGUGAUCGGAGUGAAGCGGCAGGGCGCACCGCUGUCUCCGACUAUCGCUGCUUUUUGUCAGCUGAGCUCUUUGCAUCCCGAGGCCCAGCCGUUAUCAGGGGCCUCACCCCAGAAGGACGCAUUUCCUGUACACAGUAAGAAACUGACUCCAGUAUGGGGGUCAAAACCUUCACCCAUAGUUCAACCUCCCACAGCCAGGAGAUGCUGGAAAAGCUCAACGCUUUACGUAACGAGGGUCACUUAUGUGAUGUCACCAUCCGGGUCCAAGACAAGCUCUUCCUGGCCCACAAAGUGGUCCUGGCCUGCUGUAGUGAAUUCUUCCGCUCCAAACUGGUGGGCCGGCCAGAGGAGGAGGACAAGUUUGUGUUGGAUCUUCAUCAUGUGACCGUUAGUGGCUUUGCUCCUCUGCUGGAAUAUGCCUACACGUCUACCCUGUCCAUUAGCACAGAGAACAUCAUCGACGUUCUGGCAGCUGCAAGUUACAUGCAGAUGUUUGCUGUGGCUAGUACAUGUUCGGAGUUUAUGAAGUCCAGUAUUCUGUGGACUCCGGGUAACAACAACAACAACAACAACAACAACAUGACGGUAGAUAAACCGCAUGAAUCAGCACCAGAGAGUGCUUCUUCAAAUUGUGCCAUGACGCCAUUGGAUGGUAGUGUGUCACCCGUUUCAUCUGACUGCAGCGUGAUGGAAAGAAAUGUUCCUAUAUGCCGCGAAUCGCGACGGAAACGCAAAAGCUUUGUAACGAUGGCAUCACCUGAGAGCCCACUUAAAUGCACUACACAGAUGGUCACCACCUCCCCCCAAAUCCCCAACCCAUCCCCUUCAUUCUCAGACAGCACAGCCCAGCCUGUGGAGUCCUCCCUGGCCUUCCCAUGGACUUUCCCAUUUGGUAUUGACCGGAGGUUCCACUCAGAGAAAUCAAAGCUCCCAGAGAGUCCACGUUGUUUAGAGCAGGGCACCCCAGGGACCUCUGAGGUGGUAGUUGGCCGGCGGCUCAGUGACUUCCUAACAUGUGAGAGCUCCAAAGUGGUGUCGUCACCAGUGGCAGCAGAGGAGGAAGACGUGAGGGUGAAGGUAGAGCGUCUCAGUGAUGAGGAGGUCCAGGAGGCGUCCUCGCAGCCGGUCAGUGCCUCCCAGAGUUCACUUAGUGACCAGCAGACGGUACCAGGGAGUGAACAGGUCCAGGAAGAGCUCCUCAUCAGUCCACAGUCUUCCUCUAUAGGGUCGAUGGAUGAGGGAGUGUCUGAGGGUUUACCGUCAAUGCAGAGCACCUCUAACGCCGGAGGACAUGCAGAAGAUGAUGAAAGGUUAGAAGGUAUUCAGUACCCAUACCAUCUCUAUAUCAGCCCCUCAGCCAGGCCUGGCACCAAUGGCCCCGACAGGCCCUUCCAAUGUCCAACCUGCGGAGUCAGAUUCACGCGCAUUCAAAACCUGAAGCAGCAUAUGCUCAUACACUCCGGCAUUAAGCCUUUCCAGUGUGACCGCUGUGGGAAAAAGUUCACACGGGCCUACUCCCUAAAGAUGCAUCGGCUGAAGCACGAAGGUAAACGCUGUUUCCGGUGCCAGAUUUGUAGCGCCACAUUCACGUCCUUCGGUGAAUAUAAGCACCACAUGAGGGUCUCCCGACACAUAAUCCGCAAGCCGCGGAUUUACGAGUGCAAAACGUGCGGGGCCAUGUUCACCAACUCUGGCAAUUUAAUUGUACACCUGAGGAGUCUGAACCAUGAGGCAUCCGAACUAGCAAACUACUUCCAGAGCAGUGAUUUCCUCGUGCCCGACUACCUGAGCCAGGUACAGGAGGAGGAGGAGGCGCUGGGAGUCCAGUAUGAGCUAGAGGAAUCCCAACAUCACCCCGUGUACCCGGGUAGCACCUCCACCUCCACCACCACUGCGGCCUCAUCCUCCUCCUCAGUCCAGUUGCCCGUCAUCUCCCAGGUCUCCUCCUCUACCCAGAAUUGCGACAAUUCCUCCGGCUUCCUUUCACCCGAACCCCUGGAAGCCCCAGCCUCCCUCAAGAUGGACGCUGAUGAGACUGCAGUUAUGACAGAGGAGACCAAGCUGGACAACAGUGUAGGAGGUAGUUCCCCAGAGGUGCUUGAAGAAGAUCAGCAGCAGCAGCAUGCCCAGGCCAAGGAGCUGGCUUCCAUUACCAUAGAGUGAUUCAAGCCUUCUACUUGCCCAUCAUGUCUUAUACUGCAGUCAUGUCAUAUGGGAAUUACCUGUUGAUACGCCUUGGACGUUUAAAGGGACAACUUGGACAUGGGCACAUGUUUAAACCUCAUCAUGUGAAGCCAUCAGGAAGCCGUGACUGAAGUUUUCUGAAGACUUCAGUUGCUUUGAUGUUUUUCCACAAACGUUUUACUCCUAACUCAGUCCAGAAAAGUAAAGGAUCAUUUUCUACGUUUUCUUUACAAUGGUAAUAUUAUUUUCCUGAAGUAAUUUCCUUCUUGGUCAUAAAAUCUGAGUUCAGUCCAUCAACAUACCUCAAUUUCAAAGUAGUACGUAUCAAGUGAACAGUGUUUUUUAAAGGUAAUUUCUAGGAAGGUUGUUUUUUUUUUCCCAUAUGACAUGAAUGCAGCACAAGCUAAAGUCAUUUCUGUCUUAGCCAAUUUGAGGUUUAAGUACAAGCCUUGCCCUACUUUUGCAAAGUGCCUGAGAGUUCCCAUUUUAACAAAGCAGUGUGUAGAGGAAGAAGAGGUCUUGACUUUGCCAACAGUGACAAAUCAAGUCUGUGCAAACUGAGCUAAAUGAAAAAAAAAUCCAUUGUAAUUCAUCCGUAGUGAUAAUGCUAGUUUGUAUGGGCUGAGACUGUGUUAUUCCUUCAGUGCCGUCGCUAUAGGCAAACUGUUAAAUGUCAAUAUUAUCUAUAUUGCAAUAGCUUGUACUGUAGUUUUACUAUUUGAAUGCUGUGUAUGUUGGGUGUUGUGAAAUAUGAUGUGUCAGGUGUGCGUAUGUGCAUUUCUUUUUAUAUGUAUGAACACAGUACAUUUCAUUUUAAAAUAUUCAAAACUUGAAACUAUAUUGACAGAGUAUUCCCAUAACAUUUUUGUGCAGUAUAUUAUACUUCUGACCUAUCACAAUUAUAUUUUUUUUUCUUUAACAAACACUGUUAAAAUCAAACCUCACAUAGACUUAAGAAAAACCUGGAUAAGCACUGAUGCUUCUUCUGUUCCAAAAAUUCAACUAAACACAUGACAAACAUUUCAAAAGUUUUCUCACAACUGCAGUGUUAUAUUUCCAAAUGGGCUCUAAGACAUGGUAAUGUAGCAUUUAUCCCAGCUGGUGUUUGGACCGCUUGUCACAAGGCAGGUUUUUCACUUUUAAAGUCAGUUCAUAUUAUAAAUAUUGAUAUCUAACGUGAAUUUCGAAUUUCAGCUGUCAUGACUUACCAGCAGGUAGACUGCUGAUGUUCUAGGGUAUUGCAUGACUCUUGAAGUGACAGUUCCACCUAGGUACCACAUGAUUGUCUUUUUUUUUAGGUUUAUCCUUGUGUGAUUUGUGGGUGACAAACCAAGACAAAAGUGUGGAUUAACCACCAGCUUUCUCUUUUGUUUUUCUUUACCUAAGUAGUUUCUCUCAAAGCAGAAACUACAUUGUGAAAAUGUCCCUGACUACAAUUUAAAAAAUUAUAAUAAUGUAUGUGUGCAACCGGGAAAGCAGGAAGUAAUGCACAGAUGAUGAUGGUGUGAUAAUGCUUUAAAAGCAAUAGGAACAGGCUAAUGUGUGAAUGCAAAUACUGUGACUCAUAUCAGGUGUUUUCAAAGUCCGAGGUUGUGGGUCUUCCCUCAGGCUAAGCUUGGAAAAAGGUGUCCUCUUACCAGCACUUUUGUACUUGCUUAGUUUUGCUCAAUUACUGGAUGCCUAUAUGAUCAUGAUCAUGUUAUUUGAUUCCAUAAAUACUCACAAAUUCAGCUAAGAUGGAUAUUGCUAUUUGACAUAACAGACAACACUAAAUACAUAAAAAAGGUCUAUCCUAAGACAUUUAUUAGUUUCUGACUCUGGAAAAAUGGGAAAAAACAGCAAAAUACCCCAAAGCUACUGUAUCUCUUUAACCAGAUUAUGCACAUUUAAGCUAUCCUGUGUAAUCUCUUAUUGAUAACUAAUGUAAUAUUUUUUCACUUCCAUUCACUGGGCCUCCCCUGAAACUGUUUGGUGCCCCUGACUCCCACUUUGAAAACGUCUGAGUUUGAUCAUUAUAAAUGAUAAAUAUAUUGUGUAAGGUAAGAGCUUAUCUUUCACUUUAAACUGAAUACACAGUUUGGCGGUUGAUGUUACUAAUUUCAUUGAUUCUUUAAUACUGAUUUUGGGUCAAACCUCCAGCUCCUGGACCACCUGUGUAGUGCCAACAUGGUUGUAAUUGUGUCCGUGGACGUUGUGCCUGUAUUUUGAGAAGAUAAUGAUACCCAUGGUGAUAAUCCAUGAGUUGAAUGCUACUGACUGUGAUUGGAUAUUUUUUACUUCCAAUGAAAUAUUUUUAUUUUCCAUUACCCCCUGAAAGUGGCACAAAGAGCCGACAUGUAGGAUCUUCACAGCAGGAUGUAAGACCUCAUAUACAGGGUUGAUUGUAAAUGUAAAGAUGAUGUGAUCAGUCUUAGCUUGUCCGGAUCCUGGAAAUUCAUUGAGAGCUGUCUUAACAAGCGCUUGUGUCAGCCUGUGCCAUCCUAUCAACCCUUUUUUCAAAAUUGUGCCAUUUUGCCCUUUUUAUCUGGGUACAAAUCAUGCUUUUUCUUACAGGACCAAAUGUUCUCUAUCUCAUUGGGGAUUUGCCAUGGCAAUCAGUAAUUGCACAUAAUAAAAGAAAGAGAUAAUCAUUGGAAGUGGUCCAUGCUAUUUAGCAAAGGGGUCCUGCUGUUUCGCCCCUUAAAACACUGUAUGAUGUUGUGCAUUUAAGAGGCUAGCCUUAGUAAAUGGACCUAUUAACUCUAGUUGCACAAUAUCAAAAUUAAAAAAAAAGUUUUCUAUUCUCCAUUUGUAUGUCAUGCUAUUCAUCUGUUCAGUGUCUGUAUUCAAACAACUUUUUUAUAAUGAAAUGCUGCUGUUUGUUGAAACGCAAAGUGCCCAAAAUAUUUUUGUGAACCAAUGGUGUGCAAUAAAUGGACAGGUGUUGUUUUAAAAGUU